AUGUUUUCAUUGAAAAGAACAGCAGUUCUGUCAUGGACUCUAGCCAUUUCUAGCCUCAUUAGUACCAAUAUUGGACAAGCUCAGGCUUCUCCUCCACAAGGCGCUGUCAAGAAAGAUGGCGCAGUUACCUAUCCCAGGGAGCAUAUUUCGUGGACACCGUGUGGCGACAUCACUGGUCAUCUCGUGGAGUGCAGUUCUAUUAAAGUACCGAUAGAUCAUUUUAAUAAGGACAAUUCAGGUAACAAGACUUUUAAUCUCUCCCUUGCCCGCCUGCGUGGCAACAAUACGAAUGGCGAUUCCAAGAACAUUUUUUAUAACCCGGGUGGCCCAGGUGCGAGUGCCGUAGGGUAUUUGUACGGGGUUGGUUCCGAUUUAAUAUCUAUUAUUGGAGAAGAUUUCAACAUAAUUGCCGUUGACCCCCGAGGCAUCAAUGGCUCGACACCUAUCGCGUCUUGCUAUGAGAGUGAAGGUAUUCGCGCGGUCAUGAGCAAGGUCCCGAUGAAUGAUCUGGUUACCGAUGCUCCCUUCUUUGGCAGCUGGGCCCCUAAUUUUGCCAAAUCUUGCUCUCACACUUCUGGAGAGUAUGGCAAGUACAUCAACACGCCUCAGGUUGCCGCCGACAUGAACAGCGUCUUGGAUGCCAUUGGACAGGAAGAUAUGUGGUAUUGGGGCCAGAGCUACGGCACACUCCUCGGUCAGACAUACGCUGGCCUCUUCCCCAACCGCACAGGACGCAUGACGAUUGACGGCGUGGUCAACCAAAUCGGGUGGUACAAUAAAACUAUGCAAUCGGAUUACACGGACGGCAAGCGUGUUUUCUGGGGCUUUUGCGACGAGUGCAUCAAGGCUGGCAAAGAAACCUGCCCUUUGGCUGCUCUGGCAGACAACGCCGAUGAUCUCAGCCGUGCCAUCGAAAGCUUUGGCGAAAAAAUCAAGUCCAACGAGAUGGCGGUCUAUGUCAAUGCGACGAAUUUUGGUAGUGUCAGCUAUUCUCAUAUGUGGUUCUAUGGCAUCUUGCCUGCUCUUUACAAAGCUCUCGCUUUCCAACCCCUGGCAUUCGUCCUCUCGGAAGCCAUGCGAGGCAAUGCGACUUUGGCGUACAGGGCAUUUGGUGGAGCAUUCACCAAUGCAGGAUCAGCAAUAAAAGACGAGUCCGUUUACUUUUACCGUCUGAAUGAUGGAGUCUCAGGGAACAAGUUUUGGCCACAGGAUAACGCAGGGAUGAUCAAGUUGCUUGAGCCGUAUUACGUCGUGAAUCCCUUGACGUAUGGCGCCAAUUCGUUUUUUUGGGCCAAGGCUCAGUGGCAGAUCCAGAAAACACACAGCUAUGUCCCCAAGCAAGGCGUCAAGACGAAGUAUCCGCUGCUGUUAAUGUCCAACCAGUAUGACCCGGUCACUGCGUGGGACUCUGCCAAUGCGACCUUGUCGGCAUUUGCCGAUUCGCGAUUAGUCACAUUGAACGCCUACGGGCAUUGCACAUUCUAUCAAAAUUCCGACUGUGCCAAUAACUACGUAAAGGCAUAUUUCGUCAACGGCACGAUGCCUUCUCCGGGCGCGACUUGCCAUGUGGGCAAGGAUCAAUAUUUCCCUCCUCUCGUUACUUCAUAGGGGCUAGAUAGCAUGAAGUACUGAAUCGGAAACAGUUUUUGAUGGUUUUGGCCUAUAUACACCAAUUCUAGGAUAAUUUGGGCGAUGGAGGCAGAGUGGUUAGAUAUUCUAUUGCCAUUGUAUGGUUGCGGUUCUC